GCAGAAGACAGCUUCCAGGCCUUCCACACAUGACAAUGGAAAUGGAUCAUUUUCCUGUCCACAACUUGGGAACCAGUCCCCACUCCCUCCUGCUAUAAGGUGACCUGCACCAGCUGUAAUUCCCCUAAGGCUGGACUGGGCUCUGUGAGUUCUACACUGACACUAGCUCUCUUUGGAAUUAACUCUGCAGUUGUAGCUCUUUCCUCACCUCCCAGUGUCAAACCAAGGAGAAAAACAGGUCAACAGAAUCCUCCGUGGAUAGCCGACAGUUCUAAAAUUCUCCCAAGACUGGAAGCAUGAAAGCGGUUCUGGUUAUUGUCCUGCUGGCAGCCUUCCGUGCUGCUGAGAACGUGGCAGGAGGCUGUUCUAUGCCAUGCUCCUGCCCCCCAUCCCCUCCCUCCUGUUCAGUGGGAGUGAGCUGGGUGCUGGAUGAGUGCGACUGCUGUAAGGUGUGUGCCCAGCAGUUCAACCAGGACUGUGGCCCAGACAAACCUUGCGACCACAUCAAGGGCCUGCACUGCCACCUAGGGGCUGGAGGAGACCCUCACCGCGGACUCUGCAGAGCUGCCACCCAGGGUCGUCCGUGUGAGUUUGGCGGGCGGGUGUUCCAGCAUGGCGAGGAUUUCCAGCACAGCUGCGAGCACCAGUGCAGCUGCACGGACGGCGUGGUGGGCUGCAUGCCCCUCUGCCCUCGGCUGCUGCCCCUGCCCGACGUGCACUGCGCCAGCCCCCAUCUGGAGACGCUGCCCGGGCACUGCUGUGAGCGCUGGGUGUGCGACCACGACGACGACAAUCGCAUCGGAGAAGACUCUUCGCCCCCAGUCUCCCUCUCUCACACCAACCACAUCAGCAAACUGGUACGGGUGCUCGGUGGCCACAAGGCCAACGGAGGAGACGCGUUCCAAGAAUGGGCGUCUGCACCCGUGCGGCAAGUCCCCUCCCCUUCGUCCGAGUGCUACCUGCAGACCACAGACUGGUCCCAGUGCUCAUCCACCUGUGGGUUUGGCAUUUCCAGCCGCGUCACCAACAACAACCCACGGUGCAAACUGGCCCGGGAAACACGCCUCUGUCAGGUCCGCGAGUGUGACAUCACCCCUGCAGUCAGGAAAGGGAAGAAGUGCAGGCGGGCCGUGAGGUCGCGGGAGCCCGAACAGAUCACGUUCGCUGGCUGCAGCACAGUCAGGCGCUACAGACCGAGGACGUGCGGCGCGUGCACGGACGGCAGGUGCUGCCGGCCGUCGGAGUCGCGCACCGUGCGUCUGCGCUUCCGCUGCCCGGGCGGGGAGAGCGUCGCACGGAACGUCAUGUGGAUCCAGCGUUGCCGCUGCAGCAGGAGCUACUGCAACGGCGACGGGGAUGACGCGGCUCCUUCCGUUAGCCUGCACAACGACAUACACACAUUCUCCCGCUGAUCACACUCGAUGACCACGGCCGCUCGGAAUCGCCUGCACUCCCUGCUCUUAAGUCCAACGAAGACAUCCUAGCGAGAGUGCUCAGCAAGACAGAAGACGCACCCCCUUCCCGACCGUCAUUCCUAAGACCUCUCUCUAUCUCCAUAACUCCAGGCAGACUUACGUGUAGAACAUGAGUUUGUACUUUAUUACUUUAUACUUAUGCUGCCUCACAAAGGGGUCCUUCCCCUCUGCUUAAAUUAAGCCAUCCAGAGACUGUUCUAAGAUCAGCCCCUGGCCCUCCGAGGAGACUCUUAACAGCUUCUUUCUGCUGUUGGCACACUGACACCAACGAAGCCCUCAAACUGAACACAGCAGCAGGUGAUGAUCCAUUGGACUUCUGGUUGUCAUUCCUGUAUAAAUGCAAAUGUCAGGCCUUUCCAGAGCCAAAAACGCUUGUUGCAUAAUAAUUAGACAAGGAACUUUAGUGAUUUAUUCUCUGUACCUGACUUCCACAUUUUUCUUAAUAGUGACUUCCUAUCGUACUUGGUAGGUAAUGAUGCACUAGCUCCCUGCAACCAGUGAACGGAGACAGCAGUGGAUCACGGACAUAACUGUAGGCACGAUUUAGCCUUCCACAAUGUUAAUGACACGAGGUGGAUUCACCAAGACCGAUACUGACAGAUUAGUCAGAAUUCCAGAAGAGUGAGAUAAAUACUUUUUUUUUUUUUAAUUAUCAUUAUUGUAAUGCAUUGUCAGUUCUCUGCUGUGCUAAUAUGCAGUCUCACUUAAAAGCUACAGGAGUACAGAUAUUUUCUUGUGAUAUUUUUAAAGAUAUUUUCCAAGACAGAUUACACUGUAAUGUACAUGGAUGAGUGGUCUGUAAAAGAGACUGUAUUAAGUUGUGUGUGUUUAUCUUGAGCCUUGUUUCUUUCUGUAGUGGACAAGCUUCACUGCUGGCAGAGUGGCAGUGCUUUCGAAGAGACUGCUCUUUUUUUCGGGGCGUGUUUUACAUUCUCUCACGCGCUCACUUGUACAGGAGCGAACAGUUUAUGCAUUUACUGUGUCUGCUAUGAAAGAUUUUACCCUUCACUGUAAAGGUUCAGUGCAGUAUA